GGUGAAUGACGUCAUUUCCGCGUGACUCUUACUUUUGCCUUUAUAAUUUCCGGUGCUGCUCUGAGCUAUGCCUAAAGUAGUUUCCCGGUCCGUAGUCUGCUCCGAUACCCGGGAUCGCGAGGAGUAUGACGACGGCGAGAAGCCCCUUCACGUCUACUACUGUUUAUGCGGCCAGAUGGUCCUGGUGCUGGACUGUCAGUUGGAGAAAUUGCCCGUGAGGCGCCGGGAUCGGUCCCGUGUGAUUGAUGCUGCCAAACAUGCCCACAAGUUUUGUAACACAGAAGACGAGGAGACUAUGUAUAUUCGGAGGCCUGAAGGCAUUGAACGACAUUACAGGAAGAAAUGUGCAAAGUGCGGGCUGCCACUCUUCUACCAGUCCCAACCGAAGAAUGCUCCUGUGACCUUCAUUGUGGAUGGAGCAGUAGUCAAGUUUGGCCAGGGUUUUGGGAAGACGAACAUAUAUACUCAGAAACAAGAGCCUCCUAAGAAAGUGAUGAUGACGAAACGGACUAAAGACAUGGGCAAGUUCAGCUCUGUCACUGUGUCUACUAUUGAUGAAGAGGAAGAGGAGAUUGAGGCUAGAGAAGUUGCUGACUCGUAUGCGCAGAAUGCCAAGGUGAUUGAGAAGCAGCUGGAGCGCAAAGGCAUGAGUAAGAGGCGGCUGCAGGAGCUGGCUGAACCGGAAGCCAAGAAAGCGAAAAUGAAGGGAACCUUGAUUGACAACCAGUUCAAAUAAUCAGGACCUUUCCGUGAACCCAGACUGGAGGCAAGCAUUUAGAUAAGGAGGAAAAGAGUGUUUUCUUGACUACAUGGACUGGUUCCUACCUUUAUGCCCCAGCAGAAGGCUUUACGUGACUUCCUAGUGAUUCUCCUACAUUCAGUGAGGUAUUUUUUGCGGUGCGCGGGCCUCUCGCUGUUGUGGCCUCUCCCGCUGCGGGGCACAGGCUCCGGACGCGCAGGCUCAGCGGACAUGGCUCACGGGCCCAGCCGCUCUGUGGCCUGUGGGAUCCUCCGAGAGCGGGGCACGAACCCGUGUCCCCUGCAUCGGCAGGCGGACUCCCAACCACUGCGCCACCAGGGAAGCCCUCAGUGAGGUCUUUGAGUUCAUCUGACCUGCUUUCUAGAGAUGGAUUUUUCUCAAUCUUUCUGUGUAUAGGUCUUCUGUACUAUUUUUUGUCCAUUUGAUAUAAACUUCUUCAUCUGUGUAGAAGCUCUGUGAAUAGAUCAGUGCUUCAGUGUGUCUAGUUUCUAAAGGAGCUAUUCUUAUUCCUUCUUCAAAGUUAAUAAAAUGUUUAAAG